AUGGCGACGGCAGCAACGAUGAACGGGUCACAGCAGGCUUUUGCGCCUGUACUCUCUGCGCUCGCGACCAUGUCGAGCAACGUAGACCGAUCGCAAAAGAGUCAGGCGCAUACUUAUUUGGAGCAGUUUCAGAAGUCUUCCGAAGCCUGGACCUCGACCUUUGCAAUGUUACAAUCCGCUCAGGCCACAGACGAGGCGAAGCUAUUCGCAGCGACAACGUUGAAGGGAAAGGUAUGGUAAGCUGAAAGCGCUACAUACGUCAGGACUAUACUGACUUCAGCAGAUUGUAUUCGACUUUCACCAACUACCCAAGGAGGCUUUACCGCAACUACGAGAAACUCUCCUCCAGGUUGUUGCGCAAUAUGCCAAAGGCCCAAAGCCCAUACGCACACAAUUAUGUGUUUGCUUAGCCAACCUCGCGAUUCUCAUGCUGGAUUGGAAGGAUGUGCUGCAAAUGGUGGUUACCACUUUGGGCAGUGAUCAGGCAGGCAUCUCAUGCGUGCUUGAGUUCCUGCAUGUGCUACCGGAGGAGGUAACAGAGGGACGAAAGAUCAAUCUGGCUGAAGACGAGUUAAGAGACCGACAAGUGGAGCUGCUCGAGCAGAAUGGACAGCAUGUCUUGCAAUUGCUCGUUCAAUACGCGCAAUCGUCACCUGAGGCGCCAAAGAACCCCCAACUAAUGGAGUGCAUCACCUCCUGGAUCAGAGAGGUGCCGUUGAACGACAUUGUUAACUCACCGCUCAUGGAUGUGGUGAUGACCGCAGUACAAUCCGACGCAUCUUUUGAUGCUGCCGUGGAGACGCUCUGCGCCAUUUUUAAGGAGACCCGAGAAGUCGACGAGAAUAUGGAGACCAUCAAAUCAUUAUAUCCAAGGCUUGCGGCGCUCAAGCCCCGAAUACAGAGUUGUGCGGAUGAAGAAGAUUGGGAGACUUUCAAGGGUGUCACUCGAGUCUUCGCAGAGGCAGGAGAGGCCUGGGUUGUCUUGAUUGCGAGACAGCCUGUUGACUUCCGCGCUCUUGUUGAGUGCGUGCUCGAAUGCUGUCUGCGCGACACAGACCGAGAAGCAGUCUCUCAGACUUUCAACUUUUGGUUCGAGCUCAAGCAAUACAUCACCCUUGAGCGAUACAUGGAGGCGCGGUUACAAUAUGUCGACGUCUAUUCGACACUGGUCGACAUCAUGAUCAAGCACCUUCAGUAUCCACAGGCAGAAGGUGGAAACGAGGCUGAUCUUUUUGAUGGCGAUCGUGAGGCGGAGGACCGAUUCCGUGAAUUCAGGCACCAGCUGGGCGACGUCUUAAAAGAUUGCUGCGAAGUCAUCGGAGUCACUGACUGCUUGCAGAAGAGCUAUCUACUGGUCGAGAAGUGGGUUGCUCAGUAUGCAUCUCAAGCGAGCGCAGGCAAUGUCCCGCACUGGCAGGAACUUGAGGCUCCUCUCUUCAGCAUGCGCGCGAUGGGACGACAAGUUCCACCGGACGAAAACAUUAUGCUACCACGGCUGAUUCCACUCAUCGUCCAGAUUCCAGACCAAGAGAAGGUACGCUUCCAAGCAGUCAUGGCUCUAGGGCGAUACACCGAAUGGACUGCGCAGCAUCCCGAUAGCCUCCAAGAUCAGCUCAACUUCAUCAUGGCAUCAUUCCAGCAUCCUUCGAAAGAGGUUGUUCGCGCAGCUGCUCUUAGCUUCAAAUUCUUUUGCAACGAUUGCGCAGAUCUCCUGAAGGGCUAUAUGCCGCAGCUCCAGCAGUUCUACGAGGCCAAUCUGGACAAGCUACCUACGACAAGUCAAGAAGAAACGACCGAAGGAGUUGCGUCUGUUCUGGCCAAGCAGCCACUGGAUACCUUGUACCAGUCAUUGAAGCUUUGUUGCGACCCGAUUGUCAAACGGUUAAUGAGCAUGGCUCAAGCUGCGACGGAGAAGGAGCAGAAGCUUGCCAUCGCCGACCACCUCAACCUCCUCACCGUCUUCGUCCAAUGGGUGACGCCUUACGUGGAACCUGCCAAAGAGCAUCCUGCAGUGCAGUACUGCGCUGAGAUCUUUGGUACACUGGCGACCAUCUGCGAGCACUUCAUCAACUUCGUUCCCAUCGUUGAACGGGUCUGCAGGUGUUGGCGGUACAUGGUCCUGUCGUACCGAAUCCACACAGCGCCAAUGCUGCCGCAGCUCGCAGACAAGCUCUCUUCAGGUUUCACGGCGAGCAGACAGGGCUGUUUCUUGUGGGCGACUGACAGUAUAGUGCGCGAAUUCUCAGACGUCUCCGAGUAUGUCUCCCGUGAGGUCACUGAUCAAAUCUAUGUGUUCUACGAACAACAAGCGACGGCGUUCCUGCGCGCCCUGAAUGAUCUACCUCCCGAAGACCUACCCGAUGUGAUCGAGGACUUCUUCCGGCUCACUACGGACGUGUUGCUGUACCAUCCCAACAAGAUCGUGGCUUCCGAACUCAUGCCAUCUAUUCUCUCGGCUGCAUCGACUUCGUUGACGCUACUGAAGGAGGAGCCUCUCAUUGCCACGCUGCAUUUCCUGCGUGAUUUCCUCGCAUAUGGAGGUGAAAAUGCACCCUCAUCAACGUUUGAUGCCCAUGAUGGGACUUACAACAACCGACCGAAUCCUCCUCAGAUCCAGAAUACCGUCAAGCAGCUUGUUGCAGACGAAGGCGAGAAUAUCGUGCAACGCUGCAUGACCGGCAUGAUGUACACCUUCCCGCCGGACUGUUUCCCCGACGCUUCUGGAGUUUUGCUGGCCAUGUUCCAGCUCAUGCCGACUCAGGUUGCUCAGUGGACUGGCAAGACAGUGUCCAUGUUGCCGCAAGGAAGCAUUGCACCACAGGAGCAGGAGCGGUUACUGCGGAACAUUCAGCAGCGCAUCGAUGGUGGAGAACUCCGCAAGAUCAGAGGUCUACUGCAGGAUUUCACAAAUAGCUAUCGUCGGAGAAACGUAGCGCCGCGUGAGGGACUGGGACGGUUGGAGGCGACGAGAUUCAGGUUCUCGGGGUGA